UUGUGUGGCAAUGCAAUUGUGAUUCCAGAGAGAGUACAUCCCAAUUUGUACUAGUAGAGCGCCCUCUCUUUCCCCCUUCAUCGUUUCUUUUUCUUCUUCCGUUACGUACCGUAGCUACCACCACCUACGAUUAUUUCCCUUUUUUUCCCUCUCUCUCUUUUCUCCUCUAUCCCUUUCUCUUUCGCUCUCUCUUCUUCUUUCGAUCUUCCACCGCCUCGCACCUUUUCAAUCUCCAAAUUAGGGUUUUCAGGUUCCUAUAUUCCGCUUCCAUGUUCCUCGCUUAGAUUCGCCAACGCCUCGCAGAUCUACACACCUUCUCCUUCGCUCUUCCUUUAUCUUCUCCCACAUGUUCUGGAAGCUCGCCUCUAUCUCCUCCUCCUCUCCUGUGGAGGUAAUAUUGGACAAGGAGAACUUCACUUUGGAAGAACUUCUGGAUGAGGAGGAAAUAAUCCAAGAAUGCAAGGCCUUAAACAGUCGACUCAUCAACUUUCUGAGAGAUAGAACUCAGGUGGAGCAAUUGCUACGCUACAUCAUUGAAGAACCACCAGAGGAUGCUGAAAACAAACGGGUCUUCAAGUUCCCAUUCAUCGCCUGUGAGAUCUUUACAUGUGAAAUUGAUGUAAUUUUGAAGACCUUAGUGGAUGAAGAAGAGCUCAUGAACUUAUUAUUUUCCUUCUUGGCGCCUGAUCGUUCUCAUAGUACCUUGCUGGCUGGUUACUUUAGCAAGGUCGUUAUUUGUCUAAUGAUACGAAAGACAGUACCGCUUAUGAAUUAUGUUCAAGCCCAUCAGCAUGUUUUCCGCCAACUUGUAGAUUUGAUAGGCAUUACAUCUAUUAUGGAGGUUUUGGUUCGAUUAGUAGGUGCUGAUGACCAUGUAUAUCCCAAUUUUAUAGAUGUGAUGAAAUGGUUGGCUGAGAGCAACCUACUUGAGAUGAUUGUUGAUAAAUUAAGUCCAGCUAGUCCUCCCGAAGUUCAUGCCAAUGUUGCUGAAACUUUGUGUACCAUAACUCGAGUUGCAUCAUCUUCUACUCUAGCAAUUAAGCUUUCAAGUCCAAGUUUUGUUGCAAAAGUUUUGGGUUAUGCAUUGGAGGAUUCACAUUCGAAGUCUAGCCUUGUCAACUCACUUUCAGUGUGUAUUUCUUUGUUGGAUCCCAAAAGAUCAGCUAUUCCAUCUCCGUUUUUUCAUUCAUUCCGAACUCAAAACAUGUAUGAACCACCAAUUCCUGUAAACCCAGAUACCAUUGGGGCAAUGCUACCUAAACUUGGUGAAUUGCUUGUGCUUUUGGACGUGUCAUCCGACAAUAAAAUAUUGCCUACAACGUAUGGUGAAUUGAGACCUCCACUUGGCAAGCAUCGAUUAAAGAUUGUGGAGUUUAUUGCUGUACUUUUAAAAACUGGAAAUGAAGUGGCAGAAAAAGAAUUGGCAAACUCAGGAACCAUUCGACGAGUCAUUGAUCUUUUCUUUGAGUAUCCAUACAAUAACUCAUUACACCAUCACAUAGAAAGCAUUAUAUCAUCAUGUUUGGAGAGCAAAUAUAAUGCCAUCAUUGAUCAUGUGCUCCGAGAUUGUGAUUUAGUUGGAAGGUUUAUCCAAGCAGAUAAAAAUUCUAUUCUUUCUGCUGAAAGCAAUCAGCCCACGGUACCUGCUGCGGGAAGACGGGGGACACGAGUAGGAAACAUUGGACAUAUUACUCGAAUUUUCAACAAAAUUGCUCACUUGGCCCAUAGCCAAAGCCACAUUACGAAAUACCUGCAGGAGAAUAGUGAGUGGAAUGAGUGGCAAGCUACUGUUCUUCAGCAGCGUAAUGCAGUUGAGAAUGUUCACCGUUGGGCUUGUGGACGCCCAACUGCAUUACAAGAUAGGAUGAGGGAUAGUGAUGAUGAAGACCUUCAUGACAGAGACUAUGAUGUUGCAGCUUUAGCAAAUAAUUUGAGCCAGGCUUUUAGAUACAAAAUUUAUGGAAAUGAAGAUAAUGAAGAGGAACAUGGUGUUCUUGAUCGAGAUGACGAGGAUGUCUACUUUGACGAUGAUUCUGCUGAAGUGGUCAUAUCAUCCCUAAGACUUGGUGAUGAUCAAGGGAGUAAUCUGUUUACAAACUCCAACUGGUUUGCAUUCCAAGAUGACAGAAUUGGUGAUGCACCCGGGGGCACAUCAUCCUCUGAGAUGAUGGAUGAGAUAAAAUUGAACUCAGGUUCAAAUGGUGGUAGCAACAGUAGUGAUGACGAGGUAGUGGUUGGAGAGGAUGAAGAAUUGGCUGACAGCAAAAACACUGUGAAUGGUACAUCUAUCUCAAACACGGACUUCUUUAGUGGAUUAACUGGUAGUGAUUCCAUGAAUGGGGGCACCCUAGACUUUGAAAGUGAGAAGACAAGUCCUUCACAUGAUAUGGGAUUCUUCAGGUUUGAAGCACCAGAUAAUGAUGACUUGUUUGGGGAUAGACCUUUGCCUGAUUGGGUGGGAUGGGCUGAACCAUCAGAUAUGCAAAAUUCUGGCUCAAGUAGGAAUCCCUUUCUGGAUCAUGACGAGUCUGGUAGUAAUUUGCCUAUCAAGCCUCAGGAAGACAGUCCUUUUCUGAAUUCUCCUUCAAAUGGGGAAUCUGUACCUCCUUCCAACGGAUCGCCAACUAGUACAGAUUCAAUUAAUGGGAGCAUUGACUCCAGUCCAACAACAGUAGCGGUACCCUCGCUAUUUGAAGAGGAUGUGGAAUUUGUAGGUGUGGAAUUAGAUGGUACCGAGAAGGCAAUGGAACAGGCUAUCAAAGAAGGCACAGUUGGCGAAGCUGGACCAUUGAAAAGAAACGUAGUGUCAAAGGUUCCAGAAAAGGAAAAUUCUGAAGAAGACGGUAGUCAUGCUGUGAAGGACUUCAACGAUGCAAACUACUGGAGGGUCGACAAAGAGGUUGCUGUUCUAGAGUGAUGAGCAGAGUGGUAAAUCUUAGUUCCAUUGUUUGUAUGAAAAUGUGGAUGAACUCCAAGCUUAUGCAACAAAUUAGUGUACAGUAUAUUUUUGUUUCAUUAUGCUUUGUUUCUGUUAUUCAGCAUCAUUAGAUAUUAAGCUUGUUUAUUAAAUUGAAGUUUUGCCUCUACCUGCAAGUGAUUUAUAGGGAAUUCCCACAUUUAUUGAAUAUUCAAUCUGGUCUUCUCUCUCA